AUGUACUGCAGUGCACAAUCAUCGGAAGACUUUGAUCAGUUCGUUGUUAAGCGUGCUUGUGUUCCUUUUGAUGGGCUUUGCGAGAGUUCAAGCGAAUGUUGUGGGUAUAAUGAUCCUAAUUCCGGCCAUUGUGUUGUAUGUCAAGCUUACGGCAUUUUUAUUACUUAUGGACGAAAGCGUUGCGGUUGUGAUGUUACUGGCAGUGUUACUGGUGAUCCCGCAGCCGGAACAAUUCUUAGUGAUCGUUGUGAUGGCCGUGAUGCUUCUAAAACACGUUGUAAAACGAAGGUUGCUCCUCCUGGUCAUCGUUAUUAUCGCGGUAAAAAUUAA